GCACGCCGAGCAGAGCUGCGGGCUGAUCUCUCUUCGCUCGCGUCCGCUCCGCCCUCUGCUUUUGUGGAUAACUUGCUGCUUGCGGAUCGCAACAUGACUCUGGAAGAAGUUCGCGGCCAGGAUACGGUUCCAGAAAGCACGGCCAGGAUGCAGGGCGCCGGGAAAGCACUGCACGAGCUGUUGCUGUCGGCGCAGCGACAGGGCUGCCUCACCGCCGGCGUCUACGAGUCCGCCAAAGUCCUGAAUGUGGACCCCGACAACGUGACCUUUUGCGUGCUGGCUGCUGACGAGGAAGACGAGGGCGACAUUGCGCUGCAAAUUCACUUCACUUUGAUCCAGGCGUUCUGCUGUGAGAACGACAUCGACAUCGUGCGUGUGGGCGAUGUACAGCGGCUGGCGGCGAUCGUGGGCACCGGUGACGAGGCGGGCACGCCGGGAGACCUGCAUUGCAUCCUCAUUUCGAACCCCAAUGAGGACGCGUGGAAGGACCCCGCCUUGGAGAAGCUCAGCCUGUUCUGCGAGGAGAGUCGCAGCGUCAACGACUGGGUGCCCAAUAUCACCCUCCCCGAGUGACAGCCCGGCGGGGGUCUUGGUCUGAUCGACGUGGUAACGCCCCGGGGCGCCUAGCGCGGGGCUGGCUCUGUGGAUGCGCCCUAGGAGGGCGCCCGAGUGCGGCGUGGAGACUGGCAGGCGCCGGCGCGUGGAGAGCGGCGAGGAGGUGCGGCUCCCUCCCGAGGAGGGGCCCGGCGGCGACAGGGGCAGGCUGGCCCCAGCCCAGGACUCUACAAGUGUGGGGAGCGGUUGCUCGCCCAGGAAGGCCGGAGGCGGGACGUUGGCCGCGCGGCCGGGAAGGACAGACUGGCCGGGCAGGCGUGACUCAGCAGCCUGUGCUCCCGGCAGAAAGGAGGGGAAAGGCAAGGCCAGGAGGCCUGGACUUGUACAGUAACAGAAGCUCUGACGGACUUAGCAGUAGGCACUGCUGUUUCAAAACGGAUCCGGGCGAUGCUUCGUUUUCUAAAGGAUUAUGCUGCUGCAGCGUUGAGUCUUACAAUAAACUUACUGAAAAAAA